AUGGUGCUGUCGAUUCCCUACAAUCUCCAGUACAUCGCCGAGCGGGAACGCAACCAGAAGUUCCAGUGGUUGACGUUUGGUAUCACCUUCAUUUUGCUUGCCCUCCACGGUCUAUUUUUCCACUGGGGGCCGCGGUGGUUGCGGAAGAAGAGAACGCCUGAUAGCAUACGCUUCAAGGGUUAUUUCAAAGUGAUGAAUUGGUUUAAAAUGAUGACCGGGUGUGAGCUGUUGCCGCUAAAAUUUUGGAAGACGGGGAUCGAACGGAGAGUGUAUUUCCAGCCGUCGUUGGCGUUGUUGCUGGCAGUGUAUAUCAUGUUCUGUGGUCUAUUUUCGUAUCGAGAAACCGCUGAUAUCGAUUACUUGCCGCGGUACUAUGUGUGUGCAAAGCGGGUGUCACGUGUGGCUAUCGGCAAGCUUAUUCCCAUCCUUGUAUUUGUGUUUAAGAAUGAUCUUGUCUCGGCGAUUUCCGGGGUGGGACCCGAACGGCUCGUGUGGAUGCACAAAUGGCUUUCGCGGCUCAUGUGGGCCGAGGUGGCAGUGCACUUUGUCCUCUCAGUGUGGUACUGGGUCGUCGAUCUGAGCUUUAUGAUUAUGAUCCAGAUUCCGCCGCAAAUCUUCGGGAUGAUGGCGUUUGGCUUUUUCAGUUGCAUGGUGUUUGGCCUGCUUAAAUUUAUCCGCAAUUGGGCCUACGACGGGUUCUUAUUGUCCCACCGUAUCUGCAAUUUCUUAUACUUGUUGUUUGCGUUUUUCCACAAUGGGGGUAACAAAGCAGCAGUGCUUAUCGCGGUACACACGUUAGUGGCAGACCGGAUUUUAACUCGGGUGGUGGGGAUUAUCCACGCGGUGCGCUCCCCCACUAAUGGCAUAUGCUAUUUUAAGCUUAAAAGUGACGAUACUUUAUGGGUAUCAUUACCUGUGGCCACCGAGCGAGCCGAUACUUCGAAAUUGUACCGCAAGUUUUUGCCCUCAGUAAACACGUGGAAACCGGGGAUGCACUGUUAUUUGACGGUUCCCAGCAUUCUGGCGUUUCAAAUGCACCCGUUCUCCAUUGGUUCUCUCCCCGAUAGUCGCCAAUUGAUCCUUGUUAUUCGUAAACGCAAGGGUUUUACCAAGAAAUUGUUUAAAGAAGUGGAAAAAUUGCAACAAAUGAUCAACCAGGGAGUACCCAUUGUUGAGCCCAAGCCGAAGUUCAUGGCUCGGUUGAUUUCGUUCGUGACGAAAUGGGUAUUGUUUGGCCUUCGGUGGACGAUAAACAAGGUUCUUGUGAAGAUGAAUAAGCCCCCGCUAAAGGAGCUGAACCCUAAAGAUUAUGACCACUCGUUUGAGCAACGGUACAAAGGGUACGUCCCCAUAAAGGCGCUGUUUCUGGGUCCCGUCGGUGGUAAAAUGCAAACGUUAAUCCCGUUUGAUGCUCUGUUGUUUAUCGCUGGUGGUACCGGGGCUUCGUUUACGUUCCCCGUCUGUCUUAAUUUGCUUAGAGAGCAUAAGCUUCGCGACGACAACGACGACGUUGCCUACCGCGCCAGACUGCCCACGGUCCACUGUAUCUGGAUGGUGCGCAACCGCUCGCACAUUAAGUGGUACGACUACCUUAUUAAGGAUUUAAUCCCAUUCAUCAAACUGGGCCGGCUUCGGUUUGAGAUUUACGUCACUCGUGACAACACCGAGAUCGACUGGAUUGAAGCGCUGAGCGAUGACGAUGAUGACGACGAUAAACACGUGGAAAUGAACGUGAUACACGUCCACCAGGAUGACGAUAAAAAGGUUAAAAAUGAAAAUACUCAGAAAGUGACGGAAAUUGCCGAUAAACUGAGACAAACGGUCACCGAAAUAAUUACUGCCGAUAAGUCAAUUGAGACGGUAACGGAACUGCUGCUGCUGCUGCUGACUCGCCUGUUUGCCCGUACUGAUCUGGUAGGUUCAGAUGACCAGUUAUUACCGUAUGGCGACGACGAGUUCAAUACUGGUAAUAAAGGCGAUUCGGGGAUGUACAUGCGGCUGAACUUGAGCUUGUCUCACGUGACCGUAUAUCAAAAACGGCCGCAAAUCGACGAAAUCAUCGACGAGGCGGUACUGGAUUUAAUGGGCAACACCUCAAUUUAUAAAGGCUUGGCGGUGCUUUUGCUGGGCCCGCUGAGACUCGCGGGGGAGACCAGCUACCAGGUCACUCGCCAGCGCCGCCGCGCCAACGCUCCGGAUAUAUACUUCCACUGCGAGUCCUACGACUAG